CCUGCCAGUAAUUUUCUCUAAAAAAUGCAUAUGCUUUCCAGUUAACUACUCAGGAUGUGAUGUCAUUUUGUGCCGCCGGCCCAUAUAUUUGUUGGCAGAACCUUCCAGAACCUUCCAGAACCUCCCAGAACCGUCCAGAACCCUGACCUGCAGCAUCCAGAGCAAAGAUGGGGAAAGCAAACUCCUGCCUCAAGAUAGCUUUUAUCCUCCUCAAUGUGUUUUUCGUGGUCAUUGGAUUCGUGAUGAUACACGUGUCCGUGAUAUCCGGUACCAACACCUACCAGGUUUCUGGAUUCAAUGACCUCAACCCGCUAAAGAUGUGGGUGUUUGCCCUCGUCAUCCUCUUCGUCGCCGUCCUGGGAAUCUACGCCGCCAUCGCAGAGAACAACAUCGCCCUGAAGAUCUUCGUAGGUUUGACGAUAGUCAUGAUGAUCAUCUAUCUGUUUAUGGGGAUUUCAUUCACUAUCUAUAGAAAAGUGUUAACGGAUAAUUUCAACAACUCUGAUAGAGAAAUUAUGAAUUUCUUAAUUAACGGGACCCAGUCUGAAGCGAUUCAAAGAAACGGCAAAUGCUGCGGAGCGUUUCGUGCAGAAGACUGGGGUACGAAAAUCCCAGAGUCCUGCAAAUGCACUGAAUCUGACUCGAAAUGUAAAUCCAAACCUCAGGGAACUGAGGGUCCAGAUAAGAUAUUUUCUCAGUCCUGCAAAGACGUUUUGUUAAUGGUAUUUAGACUGCCUCCCACUUUUGCCAUGGCGCUUUUCUACGGAUUUGUUUGCAUCGAAAUUCUGCUUGUGGCGCUCGGCUUCCUCCUGAUCUAUCAAAUCAAAAAAUCCGACUCUGGCCGCUCUUUCACAUGAGGAACCUUGAAAGUCAUACGUUCUUUCUGUCUUUUCAAGAAAAAAUGAAGACAUCAUCAACUGACUGGUCCAUAUAAACUGUAAAUUGGUAAAAUGUAAAUAGAAUCCCACCGUAAACUAAUGGUGGGAAACUAGUAAGAAAUCUGCAAAUAACCAACGAAAAUAAAGUUUUAAAAUGAUAUAUUCUUGUCAGAGGUUUUGGCUUUGCUGUGGAUUAAAUCUUUUACUGAAAUAU